AUGCAGCACAUCGUCUUCUUCCACCCCGACCUGGGCAUCGGCGGCGCCGAGCGGCUCGUCGUGGACGCAGCCGUGGGGCUGCAGGAGCGCGGGCACAAGGUCACCAUCUACACGUCGCACUGCGACCCCGCCCACUGCUUCGACGAAGCGCGCGAUGGGACCCUCGACGUCCGAGUGCGCGGUAACUCGCUCGUGCCGCCCACCGUCCUCGGCCGCUUCGCCGUCCUCUGCGCCAUCCUGCGCCAGCUGCACCUCAUCCUGCAUGUCGUCGUCUUCUCCAACGAGCUGCAGCUGCUCAAGCCCACGGCCUUCUUCGUCGACCAGCUCAGCGCCGGCAUCCCCCUCCUGCGCCUGCUGCAGCCCGCCGUGCGUGUCGUCUUUUACUGCCACUUCCCCGACAAGCUGCUGGCCCAGCAGGGCGGCCUUCUGAAGACGCUGUACCGCCGUCCGUUCGACUGGCUGGAGAGCUGGAGCACCGGCUGCAGCGACACCAUCGUCGUCAACAGCAACUUCACCCGCGGCGUCUUCGCCGCUGCCUUCCCAGGCCUCGACUACCGAAACCCCGGCGUCGUCUAUCCCUGCGUCGACACGAGACGUACUAAUGUCGACGAGAUAGUCCCGCUCUGGGCCAACAAGAAGGUCCUGCUGAGCAUCAACCGCUUUGAGAAGAAGAAGGAUGUGGCCCUUGCAAUAAGAGCGUUCGCGCGCUUGGCCCCGCACGAGCGCAAAGGCGCCCGCCUAGUCAUUGCAGGCGGCUACGAUCCGCGCGUGGCCGACAAUGUAGCGACCUACACGGCGCUCUGUGAGCUGGCCGACUCGCUCAAGCUCAGCCAUGCGACUGCCAAAACCGUCAUCACUGCCCAGCGCGUCCCUGACGACAUCGCCGUACUAUUCCUGCACUCCGUACCGACUGCAUUCAAGACGACCUUAUUGGCAACAUCUCGACUGCUGGUAUACACUCCCUUGCAUGAGCACUUCGGCAUAGUCCCACUCGAGGCCAUGCUGGCAGGUACUCCCGUGCUCGCUGCUAACGAGGGUGGUCCGACUGAGACGGUCGUGGACGGAGAGACGGGCUGGCUACGUGAUGUCACAAAGGUAGACGACUGGACAGAAGUCAUGCGUACCGCACUGGCGGAUGGUCAAGGUGAGCAGACGCUAAGGAACAUGGGCAAGCGGGGUAAGAAACGGGUCGAAACCCUCUUCUCCAAAGAGAAGAUGGCCGAGGUUUUGGAGACGGAAAUAGCAGCCAUGGCGAAAAACGCCCGCCCGCCUCUGACUCCCUUUGCAGCUGUGCUGUUCGCAGUUGCCAUUAUGGGACUGUUAGCUGCCUCAGCUAUGUGGUUGGCACUCAAGCAAGCACAAGAAGCCGCAAAACCUUGAGAACGUUGUAUGAUACCAAUUUCUCAUAGAAAUUCUCGCAUAGCUGUCACGAUCUUGUUUUCUAGAGCAUUCAUAAUAAAUCAGCUCUUUUAGAGCCCUCCUAAUACAC